AUGGAGGCCGAGCUCGGCUACGUCUAUGGCGACGACGCGCAUGAAGCGCAGGAACCCGAGGAUGAGGACGAGGACGACGAGGAGGAGGAGCCAGCUCCUGAUCCGACGAAGGGGCGCCAGAAGAAGAAGCGGGCGGCUAGGACAGCGUUCAGCAGCCCUGCGCCAGAGCGUAUCAACGGGCGCCUUGCCAUGGUAGGCUUCUUCGUGACGGCGCUUGCGGUGGAGGCAGGACGUGGCGAUGGGCUCCUCUCGCAGCUCGGCAGUGGCACCGGGCAAGCGUGGUUCGCCUACUCCGUGGCGGUGCUGUCCGUGGCGUCGCUGGUGCCGCUGCUUCAGGGCGAGAGCGCCGAGGGCAGAGCCGGCGCCAUCAUGAACGCCAACGCGGAGCUCUGGAACGGCCGCUUCGCCAUGCUCGGACUCGUCGCGCUCGCGGCCACCGAGAUCAUCAUCGGCGCGCCUUUUAUCAACGUGUAAACUAGCUUUGUUGUCUCGACCGGAUAACACAACAUAUGUAGCUAGUACUAGUAGGACAUGUAAAUGAUGAGAGCUGAUCAUCUUUCAAAUUCUUUGUAGUGCUUAUACUAAUUAAAGAGAGUUCAUA